GGGUGGUCCUCCGCGGGGGGCGGGGUCGCGUCUGCAGCAGCAACAGGGUGCGGCUGGGUUGGGGGCGCGGGCCCAGCUCCCAGGGAGACCCUACGCGGGUGGCAUCUGCUAGACUCCCAGGUCCCCUACGUAGCCCCGCCCUCCCUGGGACCCCAGCCCGGCCGCCGCCCGAGUCCGGGAAGGAAAAGCCUUAGCGUAUCCGGGGUUGCGGAAGAGCCUGGGCCUCGGCGUCUGCAGGCUGGGCGUGACUGACUGGAAAGGGAAAGAGUUCGCUCUUGUGGAUUGAGCGGCGCACCUUCGCAUCCGCAAAGGCUUUCUCUCCCCCUCCUCCAGCUCCAGCCUGAGCCAUGUUUUUCACCUGUGGCCCAAAUGAGGCCAUGGUGGUCUCCGGUUUCUGCCGGAGCCCCCCAGUCAUGGUGGCUGGAGGCCGUGUCUUUGUCCUGCCCUGCAUCCAGCAAAUCCAAAGGAUCUCACUCAACACACUGACCCUCAAUGUCAAGAGUGAAAAGGUUUACACUCGCCAUGGGGUCCCCAUCUCAGUCACUGGCAUUGCCCAGGUAAAGAUCCAGGGCCAGAACAAGGAGAUGCUGGCCGCCGCCUGCCAGAUGUUCCUGGGGAAGACGGAGGCAGAGAUCGCCCACAUCGCGCUGGAGACACUGGAGGGCCACCAGAGGGCUAUCAUGGCCCACAUGACCGUGGAGGAAAUCUAUAAGGACAGGCAGAAAUUCUCAGAGCAGGUUUUCAAAGUGGCCUCCUCAGACCUGGUCAACAUGGGCAUCAGCGUGGUCAGCUAUACCCUGAAGGACAUUCACGACGAUCAGGACUAUUUGCACUCCUUGGGGAAGGCUCGAACAGCUCAGGUCCAAAAAGAUGCUCGGAUUGGGGAAGCAGAGGCCAAAAGAGAUGCCGGGAUCCGGGAGGCCAAAGCCAAGCAGGAAAAGGUGUCUGCUCAGUACCUGAGUGAGAUUGAGAUGGCCAAGGCACAGAGGGACUACGAGCUGAAGAAGGCCGCAUACGACAUCGAAGUCAACACGCGCCGAGCACAGGCUGACCUGGCCUACCAACUUCAGGUGGCCAAGACGAAGCAGCAGAUCGAGGAGCAGCGGGUGCAGGUGCAGGUGGUGGAGCGGGCCCAGCAGGUGGCAGUGCAGGAGCAGGAGAUCGCCCGCCGGGAGAAGGAACUGGAGGCCCGCGUGCGCAAGCCGGCGGAAGCCGAGCGCUACAAGCUGGAGCGCCUGGCGGAGGCAGAGAAGUCCCAGCUGAUCAUGCAGGCGGAGGCAGAAGCCGAGGCUGUGCGGAUGCGUGGAGAAGCCGAGGCCUUUGCCAUAGGGGCCCGAGCCAGGGCCGAGGCUGAGCAGAUGGCCAAGAAGGCAGAAGCAUUCCAGCUGUACCAGGAGGCUGCUCAGCUGGACAUGCUGCUGGAGAAGCUGCCCCAGGUGGCAGAGGAGAUCAGUGGUCCCUUGACCUCAGCCAAUAAGAUCACACUGGUGUCCAGUGGAAGUGGGGCCAUGGGAGCAGCCAAAGUGACCGGGGAAGUGCUGGACAUCCUGAGCUGCCUGCCAGAGAGCGUCGAGAGACUCACAGGCGUCAGCAUCUCCCAGGUGAACCACAAGCCUCUGCGAACAGCCUGAGCCCUGGACCUUCGUGAUGCCCCAUCUCAUAACUCAAGUUGCCUGAAUGGUCCCGUUAUUGCACGCACUUCAGCCGGCUCCCUGAGCACAUCACCUCUCCUUGCCAAAUAGCCUGUGCCUUGCCUUGGAAGGGAAUUGUUCCCUUUCCCAAUCCCAUACUGCCAAGACUGCCAAUCCCCUAGGGCUCCCAUGCCUUCUGAUGACCCACCCCCAACUUAUUUAAACUAAGCCUGUUGUCCAGAAUUCUUCCCUGACCAAAUCUUAAGGGAUGGUCUGCAGGUCUCAACUUUGUCAAAUAAAUCAGUAAGUACUGAUACUUAA